AUGGUGAUAUAAUAUCUAUUCUUUUGGGAUUAAGUUGGGGAAUUGAAGGCUUUUAGUUUGAAGAACCUUUUAGAUUAAUCUCAGAUCUCAAAGCGCUUUUUACCAUCUAAAUUUGAUUUGAAAGAAAAGGAACUUGAAUAGUUUUCUGGAGAUUAAAUUAACUUUUAUGAAUUAGAAGAUAAAAAAAUUGGAGUCUUGAGUUUCUCUAUCGAUUCAGAUUAUUCAUUAAUGAGGUUAUCUCAAUCCUGA